AAAAGAGUAAAAGCAAAGACCUCAGCCGCCCACCCACAAUGAACAAACACCAACACCCUCUAGAAAUUCAAAGGAAAAGAAUCUCUCUAUGAGGUUUCCUUUUCAAAGAAGAACAAGAACAACAAGGUUAUAGACUCACUCUUUCUUUCUUUCUUUCUUUUACUCCCUCCCUUCCUUCCUAAGAAAACACCAAAAGUUAAAGCCAAAACCCAAAUCUUUUUUUCCUUCUAUAAACCAAACUCCCCCUAACCUCAACUUGGUUUCCUUCUUCCCCCUCUCCCACAUCCCACCAUGGUGCAAAGAAAAGCACCCAAAAGGCUCUCCCCUCAGGCCAGAGCCAUGGAGAAGCAGGGCCCCUAUCCUGAGAAGCCCCUUCCUCCUCACCACCUUCAACAAGACACAAAGAAGAAGAUGAAGGAGUUGAGAUCAAUCACCAUCUCAGACAUAGAUGGUGCUGGAUAUGUCCAGCUCAAUAAGAAGACCCCCUCUCCUCCUCCUGCUGCUGCUGCUAAAAAGAGGGAUCUUUUGCCCAACUACAUGAAGCCCACAACAAGUUCAGAUGCAAGGAAGGAGCUUCCAAAGGUAAGCACCCAUCAAUCCCCAAAGAGCCUGAAGAAAAAGCCCAGUUUGAGGAAGCCAAUAAGGCCUGCACUGAAGAGGAACAUAGGGAUCCUUGUGUGCUCCAGCAUGCAUGUGAACAGGGCAACAUGCUCUUCAACUCUCAAGGAUUCCAAGUUCCCAAAGGCCCUGGAACUGAGCCCAGGGGCAACAGAAGCUCAGGGCACUUCUGCAAUCAAGGUUUGCCCCUACACCUACUGCUCUUUGAAUGGCCACAGGAAUGAGGGUUUGCCCCCUCUGAAGUGCUUCUUGGCCUCAAGGAGGAAGCUGAUGAGAACCCAGAAGAGCUUUAGAUUGAAAGGUGUUGCCCAAUUCAGAAAGAAGGGUUCUUUCGAGGAGAUGGAUACUGGGCAAGCUAAUUUAAGCGAAAGCCCCUCCGGCUCCGGUUUAAAGAUCACUCCUUUGGUGCAUGCAGAGGAAGUUGAUGAUUUCUUUGUUGAGAUUUAUGCUAAACUGGAGACGAAUACGAUGGAGAAAGAAGAGUUUGAUCGAAGAAGCUUCAGAGAAGAAGAGGUAAAUAGUAAUUCGGUUGUUGAUUUGGCGGACGAUGCAGACCGAUGGAGUGAUUCUUCUGUCGAAGAAAUGGAUGAGACGAUGAAGUUUCUCGAAUAUGUAAGCCGCGAUCAGAACUGCAAAGGCAAGGGAGAAAAACCCCAUGAUUAUGUAAUAGAGGAGUCGGAGAAACAUAGUGAAGACCAUGUUGAGUGUGAAUCUAAUUUACCAGAUCGUAAACCCUCUGAUAUGGAUUCUAUGGAGGACGCAAACCUCUUUCCCGAUGAUAACAAAAGUGACUGCUACGAGAGCAGUGAUGAUGGAGCAACGCGAGUACGAGAAAGUUCAUUUCAAAAUGAUGAACUUAAUAUUGGAUUGUUAUUCGAGACAGAGUCCAAUUUAGAUCCGUGUGGGAUGGUUGAAUGCGGUGCGGAGAUUUCUCAUGAAACAAGUGAUGCUCUAUCUGACUGCGGAAAAGAAAUAUCUACAAUCGACGAGCCUUUCGAGUCCGAAGGUGUUGAAAUUCAGAACCAAGCUGCCCAUUUUCCUUGUGGCCAAGUUGGUGAAGAGGAGAAUAUCUCAAGCUUGGCGUUUGAAGAGAAGAUCAAUGAGGAGGAAGCGAGAAUUGAACAAGUAAGCUCUUUUCCUGAACAUGAAAUCAUAUCUAGUGCCAUCUCAGAAGGCGAUGAAGCAUAUCAACAAGUUAAUUUUGAAACAAAUAGUAGCUCGGACAACCAAGUUUCGAAUCGAAUUGAGGCGAGUAGUAACAUUGAAGAAGAUAUUGACGCUGAACCGGAAGAAAAGGAGGAAAAACAGAUCACAAGUAAAUCGGAACAUGCUGCUGAGGAACCAAAUUUUGCUCCUGAGACCCAAAAUUUCUCUUUUAGGAACCAGGAGGAGGAAGCCUCUGAAGAAGGUGGUGGCUCGUCGGAGUCUGACAUAAAUGAGACAUUGCAAUUUCAAGAUAAAGAAGAAUGCGAAGUUGACGAGAUUUGUGUUGCAUUCAGCGCGAUGAGCCUCGGAGAAGACGAAUACAUGGAUUCUACCAUGGAGUUCUCUAAGAAUAGAUACAUCAUAGCAAGAAGGCGAACAACCCAGGAAUCGGAAUAUAUAAGAGAAUUUAAUCCUCGGUCCCCACGGUUUCUUCCAUUAGAACCGGACCCAGAUGCAGAGAAGGUCGAUCUCAGGCAUCAGAUGAUGGACGAAAGGAAGAACGCGGAGGAAUGGAUGAUAGAUUAUGCGCUUCGGAAAGCAGUAAACAAGUUAGCUCCUGCUCGGAAAAAGAAAGUCGAACUGCUUGUAGAAGCCUUCGAGACCGUUAUACCGAUACCUGUGUGUGAAAAAUCCGUGCAGAAUGAGACAGCAAGAUUCAGGCCUAUCCAAGCUUGCAGCUGAUGGUUUGAACAACUGUAAUAACAUUUACCCCGAAAAAUAUGGUUGAAACUAACAAAUAACUUGCGGGGUCGCUGCAAUAUUAGAGCCAGGGACCAGGAAGUGAAUGAUCUAUGGUGACAAACUGAUUUGUUGUUCAUAUAGUUUGCACUGUGGGGGUGUAAGAAGCAAAGGAUCUACAAAGUUAUUAUGAAAUGUAAAUAUAUAAUCCAUGUUUAAUGACUGACCUGACUACCGGGGUUUGUUAUAUGAUUAGUAAUGUAUCAAAUAAAUGCCCUGAUAUUUAUAACAGUAGUGUUUAAACA